AUGGCACCGCCCUUCCGCGCCGACCAGGUGGGAUCGCUGCUUCGGCCGAAAUCGCUCGUCGAGGCCCGGAGGAAGGCUCUCCUCCCGCGGGAUAAUCUCCGAGCAGGCUCUCGGGCUGGCGAAGGCGAGGAUGACAUUCCCGCGGCCGCAGCGACUGGUUCCCACGGUCAAGGUCACGACCAAGAUGGCGACACCGACGCCGACCCCGUGAAGCUCCUGAGAGCGGAGCAAGACCGCGCCAUCAAGGCCGUUGUGUCCGAGCAACUGGCGCGGCACAUCGUGCCCAUCACGACAGGCGAAUACGAACGCAGCAUCUUCUACGGCAACUUCUUCGAGUCCCUCUCGGGCUUCCAGAUGCGAUACACGCCCAUGGAAGCCUUCCGCACGGGAUUCCCCACGAACCGCCCGCUCCUCGAAUGGGGCGUGCCCGGGCGUGAUGCGGGCUUUCCAACGUCCAACCCCGUACAGCUCGCCAAGCCGGCAUACCUGGACGAUUGGCUCUUCUUGAGAAGUCUCCUGCCCCGGGACCGGUGGGCGGACGCCAAGAUGACGGUCCCGCCGCCGGGUUGGUGGCAUAUCCAGCUGAAGGAGCCGUUUGACCGGGCCGUGUACGCGAGUGAUGAGGCCUUGUUGCGCGAUCUGAGCGCCGCGCUGCGGAAGGAGAUCCUCACGCUGUAUGACGCCGGGUUGCGCGUCGUGCAGGUCGAUGAUCCGAAUUUGAGUUUCUUUUGCGACGAGGAAUGGAUCGCCACGUGCAAAGCCGAGAACGUCGACCUCGACCAUCUCCUGGAACUGUACGUCAAGUCGCACACCGACGCCGUCGCCGACUUACCCGCCGACCUGACCGUCGGCGUGCACAUCUGCAGGGGCAAUUUCCCCAACGGCGUCGGGCUCGCGAGCGGGAGUUACGAGCGCAUCGCCAAGAAGAUCUUCACCGAGACGCCGUACACGGUGUUUUAUCUCGAGUUCGACUCGCCUCGGGCCGGCGACUUCACGCCCCUGAAAUACCUCCCCGUCGACAAGGCCGUCGUGCUGGGCGUGGUGACGACCAAGUCGGCGGAGAUGGAGGAUCUGGCGGCCUUGAAGGACCGCGUCUAUCAGGCCGCCGAGGUGAUUGCGCAGGGACAGGGCGAGGGCCGCACGCGCGAGGACGCGUUGAGGGAUAAUCUGGCUGUGAGCCCUCAGUGUGGGUUUGCGAGCGAUCAUUCCGAGGGUGGCGUGGGCAUGACAAGAGAUACCAUGUGGGAGAAGUUGGAAUUGGUCAAGAGGCUUGCCGACGAGAUCUGGCCGGGCUGGAAUACGAGGUGA